CACCAAAAACAAAAAAAACCCACAAACAAACAAAAACAACAACAAUUCCUUCUGCUGUGUGUUUGUAACUUCACAUCCAGAUACAUGAGGCCUCCGAACACGUCUCUGUUUGUCAGGAACAUCUCCGAUGAGUCCAGAAAAUGUAAAAGCAUCCAGUUGUGGAAGCGGCCACAAAGAGUAACAAAGACCCCAUAUAGAGUAGCUGUAAAGACAAGUCACACAGACCUUCAGGAUCAGAGGGAGGGGAAAAAGGUUGAAAAAAGAAAGUAAAGCAUGAAGAGGAAAAGGGAACGGAGACAAAGCUUGGAUAUGGCGGCAAAGAAUUGGGAAAAGAAAAAGAGGUUUAAGAGGAAAAAGGCAAGCAGGAAUCCAAGUCUCUGUGGGAGUCGAUUAAAGAGUGUAAAGAUCAAGAUGAAGUUCAAAGUCAAGCAUGGGCAAAGCAUAUUUGAAGAUGUGCGUGAUGCAGAAGAUGCUCUUCACAGUCUGGACAGGAAGUGGGUUUGUGGCCGGCAGAUUGAAAUCCAGUUUGCCCAGGGUGACCGGAAGACACCAAACCAGAUGAAAUCGAAGGAGAGGCGUUCUCCAGGCAGAUCGUCUCGAUACGAUGACUACGAUAGAGACAGCCGGCGCAGGCGUUCACGCAGCCGCAGCUACGACAGAUACAGAUCGCGCAGCCCGUCUUACGAUCGCCACCGCAGACGAUCAGAGAGUCCUCGAGACUCUCGUGGACGGGUGUAUGGGAGAGGAAGAAGCAGGAGCCGCGAGGAUGACAGAUACAGGCAGAGGCCUCGGAGAGAGUCCAGAGGGAGAUCUCGAUCGCGCUCCAAAUCUGCAUCCCCGCGAGAAAACCUCAACCCGGCGUCGACUUCCCAUUACACCGAAGAAGAAGUGCGACGGACACACUCCCCGUCCCGCUCCAGGUCCCGGUCCGCAUCAAGAUCACGCUCCCGCUCACGUUCUCGGUCCCGAUCCUGGGCCGGACGCAAGUCAGGAGGACGCUAGAAAAGUAUCUGCCCCCUUCCCCCCCACUCUUAUCCGUCAUUCUGUCAGAUGGACCGGAGUUGGUCAUCUGUCAAGAAAAGGUUUGUUUGUUUUGACAUGAAUGUAACGUCCACUGAAGCAUUUGUAGAAAGCUUGUUUUUUCUCGGCUCCAUUUUAAGAACAAUGCUGGUCCUUCGCUUGGUUUUAUAAAGAAUUCUUUUGGUAAGAUUUCCUGAUAGGAAUAUGAAACAGUCUGUGUUCAGUGGUAGUCGACCAGGAGUAAAUGUCUUUUUUAUAAACAGUUACUGAUAAUUUUGUUCUCUAAACCCUAUGCACCCAUUUUUGCAAAAAAAAGAGCAUUCAGUAUUUUAAAAGGAAAUCAGUCUGUUGAUGAAUCGAACCAGCGUUUCUGUGUGUUUUAUCACAUUUAUAAUAAAUCACAUACUUUUUACUUUACUGCUGACCUGUUUCCACAACUGAAGUGUACAUUUUUCUAGUUUUUCCUCCCUUCUUCCAGCCACGUGUCCAUUUGUUUUUACUAUAUGAUUAUUAUUAUUUUAUUUUAUUUAAAUCUUAAAAUUUUCUUGAGAUAAUCUGUCAGUGAGCAUUAUUGAGAUAAUCAUCAGCUUAUGUUGUCAAAGUCGCAGACCUAUUUAAAAAGUGCACUGCAUUACCCUGCAACAAUAACGUGACUGAGAGAAAUGACAGCAGACUUGACAUUCAAGUUUUAAGUCACUCCAGUCGGUGGUUUUCAUACUAAGAAAAUGUGUCUGUGUCUGGAAGAGAAACAUUUACAAACUGUAACAGAUGAGGUCUGUGGUGGAAAUGGAUCAGCAGUGGUGUAAAGUAUUUGGGUUUUGGCUAAAAUGCACAGAAACUCUGCCAUGGUCCUUAAAAGUGUUAGAAUAUUGUCGAUCAGUGACCUUAACCACAAACUGUUUAAAAAUGUACAUUAAUCUGUUUUCAUUUUGUGGUGUUUUCUGUAAGAUUAUAAACCUUUUAAAGAGGUAUUUUAUUUUUGGAACAUUUAUCCGAAUUUCUGUUCUGAGAGGAGGAGCAAAAAAAAAAAAGUUUCUCGCUAGUGUUUCCGAGACUGAUUGUUGAUGGUUUUUCAGGAUGAAUCACUGCAUGUUUUAUUCUCCUAAUCUUCUAUCUUUAGUAGGAAGAAACUGUUAUUUUGAGUAAUAAAUGGUUAACAUUCAGUAUAAAGAAUCGGUGUGUGACUUCAGUUUGUAAACUCUGCUUGUAAAUGCAGCUGAAGAUGAGUUUAACUUUAUUGAGGAGACAGAAUCUAAAGAGACAAAAUGGAGGAAGUAAUUCAGAGAGUCCCCCCCUCCCUCUCUAACACCCUGAUAUUAAAUAGGUGUUUUCAUUAUCAUGAGAGUGGAAUCACAGUCUGCAAUCAUCUGUAUGGAAAACAGACUAGCAGUUUGUCAGUCCAGCCGCAAUCAUUGAUUUCCUUUUAAUGGAUCAGUAGCUGGGAGGAACAACUUAAAUUAGAUUCACAGUGAAGAAGCAGCCAUGUAUGAAAUCGGACGUGCCCCAUUGAUCACUGUAUUGAAAAAAAAUAACAUUGAUUAAACAAGUACAGUGGCAGCAUGGAGGUGAGCUUAAGUAAGAGGGUGGUUGUAAAUACAGACCAGACUGAACCAAGGAGACAUUGUAUGUACUGUAUGUAUGUGAUUACCUGUUAAGUUACAGUAGAUUAUUACCUGUUGUGUGGAGAUUUGGGGUGUACAACAAAUCAUAAAUCCAAUUGUAAACUGCUUCUUAUUAUGAACCAAUUCAUGUAAUUUGUAUAACCUCACAUGCUCUCAAAUUUAGAGAUUUUGUGGACAACAUAUGUAUAAAGUAA